AUGAAAAAAACUAGAUUAACAUUAAUUGGUGCAACUCAAAGAAAAGUAACAAAAACAAAUCUUGCUACAAGUGGAUACAGAAGAGCAUUGAUAGCACAGCUAACGGAAACCCUUAUCAAUGAAAAUAAGAAUCCACAUGAAUUCGAGUUUGACGAUCAGGAUGUCGAAUCGAAUGCAGUUGUAGACGCUGGGGCAAACACCGAAUUGAUGGCUCUACUGCAAAAGAUAUCAUCAGAAAUAAAACAACAAUCUACAAAAAUUGAAAAACAGUCAACAACAGUUGAACAGUCAACAAAAAUUGAACAACAAUCAACAGAAAUAAAGCAGACGAGAGAAAAAAUUGAUGCCAAAAUUGAACAACAGAAGGCCGAUAUUGAUGAUAAAAUAAUACAACAGCUGAGAGAACUCAGAAAACAAUUCGAUGUCAAAGCUGAACAGCAAUCGGCAGUAGUCAAUACAAAAAUAGAAGACGUCAGAUCAAAAUUUGAUCAAAAGGUUAUCGAGCUCGAUCAGAAGUUGCGAAGUGGAUAA